AUGGACAAUCUUGCAUUUAGCUCUGCAAUAGAUAAUUGGGAUGUUUUUCGUUGUCAGUACCCUCAGUGCAAGUAUACAACUCCAAAGAAAUCUCAGCUGGGAACACAUGCUCGGACGCAUGCGGGUGUACGUCCACAUUCAUGCAAUAUAUGUGGUCGUGGGUUCUUAGAGAAGAGUCACUUGGUCCGGCAUGAGAGGAUACAUUUAGAGGAGAAACCAUUUAAGUGUACUCAGUGUGAUUAUGCAAGUUCAAGGAGAGAUAAAUUAAAAGAGCAUUUUGGCCGACAUCAUGGAGAAAAUGCUUCUGCUAAAGUUCCUUACAAAGCACGACCCAUUAGAGGAUUAUCUUCAGGAAGAACAUCUAACAAAAAUUGCCAAGAAAAUGCAAGUGGAUUCAAUACUGGUAGCAGCAGCAACAGCAGUAAUAGUAGCACUGCUAGUGUAGAUAGAAAUCCAACCCAACCUGUGAGUGGAAAUGGUGACUUAGACUUAAUGAUGCAGCAUCAGAUGAAUGCAUCCACCUCCACCCCCACUACUGCACCCCCUCAGCAACCAACAUAUCCUGCCUUCACUGAGACUCCUCACCACCCUCCCCUAGAAUUUCAUCAUCAUCAAUUAUUGAAUACCAGAAGUGCAUCAAAAUCUGAACAUCACAGUGUGCAUCACCAUCAGCCACCAACACAUCAUCACAUGUUGCCUCCAGCACGGUCGCAGCACCAUCAAAGCUCAGCUGCAGCUGUGGCUGCCAUGAUGUUGGAUCCACGAUUCCACCAUGCUAAUCCAGCAGCUCCUUACCACACGGCUCCUCCUCCUGUAUCUAUGGCAGCAAUGGUAGUCCCUAGUGCUACUCAAACACAAGGAAUUGGGGCCCAACAUCACCAGGGUGACUAUCCAUGUAUGCCACUAUUUUAAGUGAAUCCUUGUUUGGUAGGGUUCUCUUGCACAUUCUUCAAUACACUCUUUUCCAAAGAAAAUUCUACAUUUAUGAUAUGAACUGAGUGGUAAAUAUGAAAUUUUUCUAAUUUUUUUAAUGUAAAUUUUUAGUUUUCUCAUCAAAACUGUAUCAUAUUGGAGGUUAAGGACCUCAUGUCCUUUUAUGACUUCCUCAAACUUUUUAUGACUUUUCAAGCUUUAAAAAGAUAAUGAUUCUAUUUGCCUUGCCAUGAUAAAUAAUUAUGUGCUUGGUUUUAAAAACAUAGAUGUAAAUAAGGUACUAUAAAGCAGAAAGGAAGUAUUGUGUGUUUUUGUCAUAACAUUGAAAAGUUAAUUUGAAUAUAAACGGACUUAAUUAUUUGAGUGUUCACAAGAUAUUGUAGAAAUGGGACAAGCAAUUGUGAUCAAAUGCCAAAUUAAACAAGAUUUACUACACCGAUAGCCUCACUUUUAUAGUGACAGUGUGGUACGCAUCAUGAUGAGCAUUCCAGUAACAGAAACUGAAUCAGCAGGUAAAUCAGAGCCUCAUAAGUUUAUGAUUCUAUUUCAAAUGUCAGUUAGUUUAAACUUAUUUGAAAGUAUGUUUCUUUGACAAAACUAAAUCACAAGUAAUGGCUAUAAUGCUGCUGAGGUUCAGUACACAUUCUUGGAAGAAUUCUAGGUACUUAUAACAGAAAUAAGUAUUGAAACAAUUAUUAAGAGACGUAAGAAUCUUUCUGUUCAUAGUUCAUAUUGUUUUGUUGCAAGUAAUUUCAACUUGUACUUUUUCAACUAUUUAAUAUUACUAGCUUAGUUUGGUGGCUCUGGUGGAUAUUUUCAUGUUAUAAAACCCUUUAAUUGCACUUUACAAGUUCAGAAUAUAAAGACAUUUUAAAAAUAACACAGUUUCUUGGCUUGUCAAUCCUUGGGUAGAAAGUUUCAUGAAAAAUUAUAAAUACAUAUACUUUCUUUUAAAAGGUUUUUAUUUACAAAAUUAUUUCAGUUUCAUGAAUAAAAUUAUAUUGAUUUAUGUCAUGCUGUAGAGGAAGUGAAGUAACUUACAGUGUUUCACCACUGUAGGUGCCUUGAAAUACCCAAAACACCAUUUUCUAGAACUCUUCCAGAAUAUUCUAUAAAGAUCUGGCUAAAAAUAGUGUCAAUGUCUUGUCAAGAGGAACUGAAUGAGCUAAUGAUCACCUUUGUAAAUGCUCAUUCUCAUAGACUGGUUUGGAAGGAUUGUCACUUCUCCACCAAUGGACUAAGAUGUGACAAAUGACACCUCGCUUGCACCGAAUGGUGAAACAAAAUUGGUCAAAAAGAUGCAGAUGACCUGAAUACUGUAUGUGGCAUUAAUUACCAGCUUUAUUGUCAGUAAAUUUGUUCAUGAGUUUGUUUAGUGGAAAAUGUUACUGCAUGCUUUGUGGAGCUCCUGAUUAAGGCCCAUAACAUAAGCUUCAGGAGGCCAAUUGAGGAAAAAGUGAUGCGUACAUCUUUGUCAUCUGUAUAUCAGUGUGUGCACGUUUGAUAAAAUGCACAGUAGUGUGAGCAUGGAUCUUAAAAGCUGUAUAUUUGGCUUUUAAAGGUCAGCUUCUUGCUGUCAUUUUCUGUCACAUCAUCAGUUCCUGACAAAUUUAUGACAGGAAGCAAGUAAAAAAAAGGAACUUUAUUACUGUGCCCUUGAUUAAAUGUCUUUGAAUAUCUUAUGAACAUGUCAUUAAAAUUUGUCCAUCAAUGUACAAGUGAUUAAAUUCAACAAUGUUAUGAUGACCCAAAGUGACUUAUAAAUGCAGGAAGUGAAAACAAGCUUCAAAGUUGCUAUUUUCCACUGUCCUGUUACUUAUGUUUUUUGUUGUUGCUUAAAAACUUUAUCUUUUGCAUUUCAUUGUUUAAAACUAACCCCAAUUAGCUCUGUGGUGAAAGAUGGCGAGAAACA